AUGCAAACCACGACCUAUUCUCGCCGCGCCCUUAAUCGGCGACUGACCAAUGGUUGAAGAUCUGGGCGGAGUCUGCUGAAUAACAGCGGCGGUUUCGAAGGAAGCGAACAUGGCUGCGGGUCACGACGCCGACGGAGUUACGCCAAAUACAAGCAGGCAUUCCAACGUGGUGGUACACCAGGAUGAUUUGUCAGGAGGGUCCCGCGCCGCCACCCAACCACCCGUCAUCUUCAACCCGGACUUCUUUGUGGAGAAGCUCCGCCAUGAGAAUGCUGACGUGUUUCUGGAGCUCGUGUUGAGCAAUAUCACUCGCCUCAUUGACCUUCCUGGCACGGAGUUCUCCCAGCUCCUUGGUGAGGAGGCCCCCAAGACCCCCGGAUUCUUCCGCUCAUUCAACUUCCUCAAGCGCAAAGAUAAAGGCUCCAUGUUUGGGACAGCACUGUCAGAGAGUGGUGUAUCUCACAUGUACCGGCUCAUUGAAUACCUCAGUAAAAAUCUGCAUGUGGAGGGUUUGUUCCGGGUUCCGGGCAACAGCGUGCGGCAGCAAGCCCUGAAAGAGCUCCUGGCUAGUGGGGCUGACGUGGACCUGCAGUCUGGAGGGUUCCAUCCCAACGAUGCCGCCUCACUGCUCAAGACAUUCCUGGGGGAACUGCCCGAGCCUCUGCUCACGCAUAGACACUUCCAUGCCCACCUCAAGAUCGCUGAAAUGACGCUGCUCGAUGAGCAUGGCAACAAAACAUCGGCACCCAACAAGGAGCGUCAGACUGAGGCCCUGCAGCUCCUUCUCUUCCUCCUGCCCCCGGCCAACCGCUCCCUGCUCAAGCUGCUACUGGACCUCCUCUACCACACUGCCAAGAAACAGGAUGCCAACAAGAUGUCUGCCUUUAACCUGGCUCUCAUGUUUGCCCCGCACGUGCUUUGGCCACGACAUAUGACAGCCACUGACCUGAAAGACCAUAUGAAGCCCCUCAAUAACAGUAUGGCCUUCCUCAUCAGACAUUCACAGAAACUCUUUAGGGCCCCAGUGUACUUGAGGGAACAUGCCAGAGCACACUUCAUGAAGACCACCACCACACGGAGCAAGGACGACCUGGACCUGUUGUCACUGAGCAGUUCCCCCAGCCGGCAGGUGGUGUCGCCCCUGAAGCGACGGGAGGGCGGUGUCAGGGGCACUCCGCAUCAGUGCCAGUCACCUGCUCAGCAGUACACAGAGGAGGCGCUCAAGGAGCUCUUCAGACACGUGCACCAAAAUAUGCCCGACUCGGCGAAGAAGAAAAAGCUGGUCCGACAGUUGGUCAAGCAAACGGGUUCAGCCAGCAGCCAGCACGAUGGGCCAAGCAAGAAGCGCCCGCGCUCUCGCUCAUUUGGAGGGCUCAUCAAGCGUAAAGCUCGAGCCGAUCAGCUGAUGCCGGACGUCUUCGCUAGUGCAACACACAAACGCGAUAAAGAAAAUGUCAUCCUACAGCAGGUGAAAAGCCCUCUGAAUGCUGGCAGGUACUGCAGGGUGGCGCUAGUGUUGAAAAAUCCUGACUUUGACUUUCACAGGGACAAAGCUGUGACAAUAUCGAAGGACAGAUUGUUCUCGGCAUCUCAGGAGGUUUCGCUGUAGAUACCGCCGCCAAUUCCUGCUCUGCGUGGCGAUGGCUUCAUGCUGCAGCUCCAUCGCUAUGACGUUUUCAAACUAUUUAUCUCUUAUUGUGUGAUUGUUUACUCAUACUGGGCACUCCAUUAGGUACACCAGCUCAUGAAAGGUGCCACUCAUGAAAUGCCCACUGAGUUUUUUUGACUGACUUCAGCGACCAUGCUAUUUUAAGUGUUUAAAAAUAUUUCAACACUUUGUGGUACUUUGGGAUAUAAACAACUAACCAUGAUAUAUGCACACACACAUUUUGGGUUCUUUUUUUUUUUUUAAAGAUGUGAAUCUCUGCGACUGUACAAGCGGUGGCCACGAGCUAGCUUAGCCCUCAUUUACUUUGUUUUUAUUUUUCAUAAGUUACUAUCGCACAGGAAGACCGGUAUACUGUAUACCUUUUUGGAAUUUCUUAGCUGUACCUCUUGUAAUUGACCACUACCAUACAGGAAGGGAUGACGACUAGCUAGCUAAACCUUGACGGUGACAUCAUUCAAGAUUACCAUUAUAGAGGAAGCGAUAACUGCGAGAAAGCAUAGCGUCUAAACUGUGCUGUUUACAAGUGACCACUACCAUACAUAAUAACUACUUUUGUAAGAUAGUCUUACUAUUUCCUGUAUAUAAACAAACUCUACUAUUCAGGACGUGAUGCCGGUCAGCUAUCUUACCUGUCACUGAUGGGACUGUUCAUAUAAACAACUGGAAGCGACGACUACGUGCUAGCUCAGACUUCGUAGACUGUCAUGUUUCUAUAUGACUUUCACCACCAUCUUGCUUGGCCUUCCCAGAACAUGCGGUUUAUUAAAGACCACAACCUUUUAUUUUCGUAGCCUACACUUACCGUUAUUUAUAUCUGACCUGACAUGCUUGCAGCCAGGGAGUCGGCAACUCUUACUUUUAAUGACUGCCACCUAGCUUAGUCUGCAAAGACGGUACUGUUGCUCAACAAAUGACUACUGUACAAUAAGGUAGUUCGUACAGAAUUUGCAGUACUGUGACGGUUCUGUUUGUAAAUGUCCACUAACGUACAUGACUCUGUAACUGCUACCUAGCUGACCCUUGACAGGCUGAUUGGGUGACUUGACGACAUACAAUCACAUCUUGUCUAUGUGGCACUUGAUGAUAUUUCGGGUGUGACCAAUGUAUUACUGACACAUAGCAGCCAUGUUAAACUACCUGUGUUUAAUUUUGGCAACAGGGAGGUACAUUUAAUCAGUUUAUGCAGAAAAUGCAAGUACUGUAGCUUGUGUAUGCUGUUUACCUAUAGAGUUGCUGUUACUGGUUUUAUUUUACUUUUUUGUGGUCUGUUCCUCCAAUUUUGGUCAGUUAAAGGAAGAAAUAGACUGUGUGUGUGUGUGUGUGUGUGUGUGUGUGUGUGUGUGUGUGUGUGUGUGUGUGUGUGUGUGGUGUGUGUGUGUGUGUGUAAAUUGGAAAGGAGGGAUGUUUGGGUGAAAUGAGGGCAGUCACGUGAGGCUGUGAAUUUGAAGUGAUCAUUAUAAGUGGAACAAAAUUGGGAAAAAUCCCAGCAGGCUUUGCGCUUCCUGGCCCCAGACUGAGUGGACUGGCGGCGAGCAUUUUUCCCAAAUUUUGCACCUCGUUGAGGCUUGUAUGGAAAACCUGACAUUUUAUUCGAUAUCGUACUGGUGUGCUUAAUUGUCCAUAUAGCAUCUGUGUGUGCUGUGUCCUCAUUUGUAACACAAUUAAGCAUAUUGGUAAUACAGUACAAUUUGAAGUAUACAAAUGUCAACAAGUAUCACGCAGUUGUGAACUAAUGCACAAUUUCCUCACAUGUUCUACUUAUUCACUGAAUUGGCUUACUGGUUUGGACCAAGUGUACAUCGAAAUGGACAAUUCUGCACUCCUUGAGAAGCUCUAGCAGCAUGUAGGUGUUAACUGAUGCAUGGUUUAGCCUCACUAGGGGAAAAAAAAUAUCACCUUUUCUAGUGUGCACUAGUCGUUCUAUUUGUGUACAGAAAUGUCCUAUAGUAGUUGGGGUGGAAAACGCUCAUUAGAAGGUAAGUCAAAUACGCUGCAGUGGUCAGACUUCAAGUGCUUACUAGUGAAGACAAAAGAGCGUGCUUGUAUGGUAUCGAUGAAUGUUUAAAACGCUUGCCGAAGAGGCUGUACUACUUUCGGGUUGGGAGAAAGUUGCAUGCAGGUUGUGUUAAUGUGUUUGUGGAAUGUGUAAAGUGACCUUCCUCACCAGAAUUGAAUAAGUCGGCUUAACAGAAAAACUUACUGUUUACCCGUGAACUUUUUUUUUUUUUUUGUUAAUCUUAACUUUUUGUCAUGUGAAUGUGAAAUAUUUCUAUUACAGUUGUACUUGUGAAAUUUUAGAGUAAAAUAUGUUAACUGGCCAAAGUCCACAUUUGGAUUAAAACUUCAAAACUUA